GAAAAAUAAAUAAAUAAGAAAAAAUGUCAUUAUAUAUAAAAUUGUUUAUAUUCAUAAUGAAUAUUAUUAGUAUAUUUAUGCGACCUAUAUUGUGGUUUAUGUAUAGAAAAAGACUACCGAAUAUACCUCCAAUUAAAAAUCCUUUAUUAAGAUUAAGUGCAACUACAAUAGCAAAAAAAAUCAGAAAUGGAGAUCUUAAAAGCGAGACAAUAGUGAAAAUAUAUAUCGAUCGUAUCCAAGAAGUAAAUCCUUUUAUAAACGCAGUAAUAGAGGACAGGUUCGAGCUAGCUAUAAAUGAAGCAAAAUUAUACGAUGAACAGUUAAAAAGUGGAAAAUUCACUAUACACAUAUUGGAAAAGGAAAAACCACUUUAUGGUGUACCAAUCACUAUUAAAGAAAGUUGUUGUCUAUCAGGAAUGAGUUAUACCGGAGGUUCCUUAUUAAGAAAAGGAAUAAAGGCCUUAGUAGAUGGACCUACAGUAAAAAUAAUAAAAGAUGCUGGAGCCAUUCCUUUAUUAGUUAGUAAUACCUCUGAAUUCUGUACAAGUCUACAUAGUUAUAAUUUUCUUUAUGGUCAUACAUUGAAUCCAUAUGAUAGAAGAAGAACACCAGGAGGAUCAUCAGGAGGUGAGGCCGCAUUACUUGGUGCAGGAGCAUCACUCAUGGGACUUGGUUCGGAUAUAGCUGGUUCCAUAAGGAUACCAUCUCUCUUCUGUGGUAUUUUUGGUCAUAAACCUACUGCAGGUAUUGUUUCUAAUGCUGGUCAUUUGCCUUUGGUCACUGGAAAUAUCAAUUACAUGUUAGUAAUGGGACCAAUGACAAGAUAUGCGGAAGAUCUUAAUUUAAUGAUGAAUGUGUUAACUUCUAAAUGUGAAAAAUCUUUACGUUUGUAUGAUUCUAUUGAAUUAAAAAAUCUAAAAGUUUUUUAUUUAGAUAGCUUUCCUGAUAUAAAAUCAUCUUCGAUGGAAAUAACUGAAGUAGUCUAUAAAGCUUCACAAUAUUUAAUAAACAAGGGUGCCAUCGUGCAAAGAUUUCCAAAAGACAAGCUGAAAAACAUAUUAUAUAUGACAUUCUCUUUAUUUUCUGAAUUAAAAGAAUUUAAUUUACUAGAGGGAAGAAAUUCAGUUCUUGAAAUGGGAAAGUCAAUAAUAGGAUUAUCAUCAUUUACACAAACAUGUUGUCUUAUACAAAUGUUCAUAGACAAAAAUGCAUUUAUAUCAGUUUCAAAGAAAGAAUAUUAUAUUAAUGCUACAAAAGAACUCACUCGAGAAAUGAAUGAUAUAUUAAAAGAUAAUGGAAUAUUAAUAUGCCCGUCCUAUUUUCGUACAGCAUCUUUUCCCCAAACAAUGAUUUUUGAAAUAAAUAAUUGCAUAUACAGUUCAUUAGCAAAUAUAACAGGUUUACCUUCAACACAUGUACCAAUGGGUAUGGAUAAAAAUAGAUUACCAAUUGGAUUUCAAAUAAUAUCUGCAGCUAAUCAAGAUUAUCUUUGUCUACUAAUUGCCAAAGAAUUUGAACAAGUAUAUGGUGGUUGGAUUUCUCAUUGAUAGACUUUUUUUUAUUCUACAUCGUUAUGAAUAUAUUGUUAUGAAAUAUAUAAGUAUUAUUUAUCAA